UUGUUUCUUGCAGAAAGCUGUCUUUCUUUAACCAGUACAUGGAGAGCAAUGCCAAUGACCUGGAGGUGCUGUGGAGCAGUAUUGAAGACGUGAUCAUCAAAACCAUUCUGUCUGUGUAUCCAGCCCUCAGGAACACCUACUUCACCUUCUUCCCAAAUCACGUGUCUGGGAGUGCUUGCUUUCAGCUCCUCGGCUUUGACAUCCUGCUGGACCACACCUUCAAACCCUGGCUGAUGAAGGUUAAGCAUUCCCUGAGCUCUGUGAUGGACUCCAAUCUUGAUCAAGAGGUGAAGGAGGAUCUUCUUUAUGAUACACUCUGCAUGAUUAACCUUGCAGCUUGUGGCCGGCAGAAAGACUUGGAGGAAGAGAGGCCGCGAAAGAAGGAACAGCUGCCUAAGAUCUGGUGGUCGUGGGAGUAUAGAGCUGACGAGACACGAAACAACCAGGCUACCUGGGUGGAACAGGUGGAAAAGUACGAAGACGAAAACAUGGAGAACUUCAAAAGGAUCUACCCGAGCUCCACUUCAGAGAAAUACGAGAAGUUCUUGGAAACAGUUGACACCAAGGAUCGGGAAGAAUAUGUUCUGGUGGAUGAGAAGACGGCGAAUGUCACGCCACUGUUCAAAAAAUGA